UAUCUCUAUGGGUGACGUCUAAACGUUCAUAUUAUUGUACGAUAUUUUUACCUUGAAGGUUCGCGGUGGUGACAUUUUGUUUUGGUUUGUAUGUCAGAGAAACAGAGGACUUUAAAUCGUAUUUUAACGGUGUAACGUUCACGUAGCGUGCUCCUCCACCAGUCCUGUGUUUGCGUAGUUCCAACAUACAUAUUAUGGCUCCAUUUCUUUCAUGAAAACCCGGGCUUUAGCGCUUUAUUUUUUGUGUAAAACCUGCACAUACCCCCUUUCAGUCUACACACAGGCUUGCUGUCUGCCAUUGUAUUUGUUUUUGUCCCGUCAGACAUGUCCACGCUAUUUCCCUCGCUCUUCCCCCGGAUAACGGAGUCACUGUGGUUCAACUUGGACCGACCUUGUGUGGACGAGACCGAGCUGCACCAGCAGGAGCAGCAGCACCAAACCUGGCUGCAGAGCAUUGCUGAGAAAGACAACAACCUGAUGCCCAUUGGGAAACCUAUUUUUGAGGCGGGAUAUGAAGAGGAAGAAGAGGAGGAUGACGAGGACGAGGAGGACAGCGAGGAAGACUCUGAAGAUGAAGAGGACAUGCAGGACAUGGAUGAGAUGAAUGACUACAACGAGUCACCGGAUGAUGGCGAGAUCCAUGAGGUGGACAUGGAGGGACCAGAUCAAGACCAAGACCAAUGGAUGAUUUAAGACAAAAGAGAAUGUUGGUCUCCAUCAAACUGUCCGGCCCUGGAUUUCCACUCCCCAUUGACUGUUGCCCCUUCAGUCUGGGACACAGAUUUUAAUUUUUUGGAAAACAAAACCUGAUGUCCUUCAGAGGGAGGUUGGGUAAAACCAGCACAAUUUGAGUGUUGCUACCUGGCAAACACUCUCAUGUUUAAAUACUGGUUCGGAUGUAUGUUUGAAUUCCUGCACACAUAUGCUUGUCUUUUCUUUUAGUGGCAAUGUGUGAACCUGUCAAAUACACACACACACUCCUACUAUGCUCCUACCGUUUUAUGACCAGUGGGGCACACACCCACACAGUGGCAGCAGUAGGCAUCAGUACAGUGAUGGGUCAUUUAAACUUUGACUUUGUCAUAUGAUCAGUCAUGUGCCACUUCUCUAGACUGCUGACUGAGGCAAACAACACUCCAGUCAGCUAAAUAAUUUGUUACUUAUGAAGUACAACCACCAUGUAAUUCAGUUCUGUUUCAUAGCAGCAUUGUAUAUGCUGUUAAUCUUUUGUUACAGCUAUCAGAAUUUUUACAGAAGCUUGUAAAAAGGUUUUGUGUUUACACAGUGCAUCGCUUUUUGUUGAAAUGCAAUGAAGUGCUCUUUAGCUGUAUCAAAGACAAAAGCAACCAUUGAAUAAUGGAACUGAAAUAUGAACACACGCACUGUCCAUCCAUGUUUAUCUGAAAGGGUUGUUUGGCAAGGCUUUGCUUAUUUGUACUGAAAUGAACUAAAGCCUUGACUGUUUGUAUUAAAUUAAAUUAUUUUGAUGAAA